AUGCCCCUGCUCCGCUGGGUUCUGGUGGUGCGGCGCUUGGGCUCGGGCGGCUCCCUGGGGCACCCGGGCUCAGGCUCGGGCUCCGGGGGCGGUGGUGGCGGCGGGGGCGGCGGCGGCAGUGGCGGCGGCGGGGCCCGGGGGGGUUGCAGCAUGAGACGCAGGAGCUUGGCCUCCAAGCGGGUGGACAUCCAAAACAAGCGCUUCUACCUGGACGUGAAGCAGAACGCCAAGGCCCGCUUCCUGAAGAUCGCUGAGGUGGGCGCGGGCGGCAACAAGAGUCGCCUCACUCUCUCCAUGUCAGUGGCCGUGGAGUUCCGUGACUACCUGGGCGACUUCAUCGAGCACUACGCGCAGCUGGGCCCCAGCCAGCCGCCCGACCUGGCCCAGGCGCAGGACGAGCCGCGCCGGGCGCUCAAGAGUGAGUUCCUGGUGCGCGAGAACCGCAAGUACUACAUGGAUCUCAAGGAGAACCAGCGCGGCCGCUUCCUGCGCAUCCGCCAGACGGUCAAUCGGGGGCCCGGCCUGGGUUCCACGCAGGGCCAGACCAUUGCGCUGCCCGCACAAGGGCUCAUCGAGUUCCGCGACGCUCUGGCCAAGCUCAUCGACGACUACGGAGUGGAGGAGGAGCCGGCAGAGCUGCGAGGCACCUCCUUGACUGUGGACAACAAGCGCUUCUUCUUCGAUGUGGGCUCCAACAAGUACGGUGUGUUUAUGCGAGUGAGCGAGGUGAAACCCACCUACCGCAACUCCAUCACCGUGCCCUACAAGGUGUGGGCCAAGUUCGGACACACCUUCUGCAAAUACUCGGAGGAGAUGAAGAAGAUUCAAGAGAAGCAGAGGGAGAAGCGAGCUGCCUGUGAGCAACUCCACCAGCAGCAACAGCAGCAGCAGGAGGAAACCACCGCUGCCACCCUGCUACUGCAGGGUGAGGAAGAAGGGGAAGAAGAUUGAUCAAACUGAAUGGAAAAAAAACCCCACACACAUGCAUACACACACAUACAUACUCACACACAACUACACACACAGAAAAUAUACUGUAAAGAAAGAGAGAAAAUAAAAAGUAAAAAAAAAAAAAACUUAACUCCAAGGGAGCACCACCCACAGAACCUCCACCAACUGACAGUUUCUCUUCUUGACUUGCCACCCAUCGCUGGAUGUUGUCCACUUUAUCCACCAUAUAAAACAGUAAGCAGCUGCUAAAACAAAAAAAAAUACAAAAAGUAAUAACAUUAUAUGAACUGUGUUUCCUACUUGAUUAAAAAAUAUAAAGAACUGAGUGUUUAUUUCCCUAAUUAACCAAGAACUUUUGUACACGUUUAAGCUAUUAUUAUUAAAAGUGUUUGCAAAAUGGUCAAGAUUAUAAUAUUGCUGAAUUAUAUAAAAGUCCUUUUCAUGUUGAGCUAACAUUUGACUUUAGCACAAAAAAGAGAUAUUUUAGAACACGUAAAAUAAUAUUUUUAGUUUUUCUCAUUUUGUUACCAAAUUUCAAACCUUACAUGGAGGUUAUUAUAGUAUAUUUGACACCCUAUAUACCUGUGAUUAGAGAUGUGUAUAUAUAUGAGGGCUAGGCAUGCUGUGUGUCUGAGCUUUGUCUAAAUGUUAUGCAGAAGUUUGUAGAGUUAAAGGUACGUAGGUUUAAUUCAUGCAAGAUAAACAAUAAGUGCUCUCUUUUAUACAAUAUGCAUUGCAUCUGGACCUUAAACAUAAAAAUGGUCAGUGAAACUUCUGUGAACAUGAAGAAAUUAUUAAAAAAGGCAUUUAAAUGAAAUUUGCUAAGUUGUGAUUUUUAUGGUUGGAACCAAAGUUAUUCAAAUAGCAAAAGGAAAUAGAGAAAGAGAGAAAAAGGAAAUCUCCCAUAAUAUUUUUCUGCAUCUGUUUGCUUUGACUGAGUAGUCAUUUUGUCAUUGUGUAUAUGAGAUGUACUUGUAUUGUUCAUAAUAUAUUUUUUUCAUUAUGUGUAGAAAGAUUUUAAAAACUAACGUGCAGCAAUUUCCAGUGAACCUGUACUUGGACAUCAGGUAGUGAGUCUAUUUGUGGUCACUAGCACUGUCUCCUAAACUUGUAAGAGGUCUGAAGCUAUCCUUUGGUUUUUGCCAGUGCUAUUAACUUAUGUAGACCUGUUAAAAAGCAGAGCAACACAAUUAUAGUUAUCCUACUGAGCCAUGGAUUCUGAGUUUCCUUUUAAAAGAGAAAGCUAAGUUAAGUUGGUGUACGUAAAGGAUUUCCAUGUAGCUGUGGUGCUAGUUAUUACUGGCUACAUUAUAUGCUAAGUGUAUUUGUGUUCCCCAAGUGUACAAGCCUAUCAAAAGUAUGUUCUAUCAUUCAUAUAUUCAAGGUGUAGCGUAUGAAAAUGAAAAGCUUAGGAGAGCACUUUACCAAGCUGGUGUCCUCCAAACUGAAAUUGUUAGUAACGAUAGUCUUUUACAGGUUUUCAUUUAAAAAUGUUUGUGUGCUUUUAAUUGACAACUAACUCCUUGCUGCUGUAUAGUAAAAUAUUAAUAUAUUUUUAUCAUUAAACUGCUGCAUGACUAUCAUCUUUGAGUGAAGAGAAAAUGUUAUAAAAAAAGAUGCCUUAAACAGUACAUUUUGGUUUGGAAUUCUGUAGAAAGUAUUUUGUGUUUGUUUUUUUAAAAAGGACCUUGUCUGACAUAGAGAGUUCUGCGGAUAGAAUUGUUUCUUGGCAAAUUCAGACAUAUAGAUCUAACUGCUGUAUGUAGGAGACAUCACCUGUAGGAGCUGGAAGGUGUCAGUGCUUCUCAUAUUGUAAAGCAUUGGCCUAGGAAGGUGAAACAGUUGUCUUUUUGAAGGAUUUUUUUUUUCUGCUGGUUCUUUGGUUUUGAUUUGAUAUUUUUAAGCUCCCUGGUUGAGUGUGUUGUCUUUGUUUUUGAGAUCUACUGUAUGUGUUGAAUAACAAGCUAUUUCCAUUGUACUGUGCAUUUUCCCAUUAUAGUUCCCAUAGUUUGCUUUUACUAUUCAUACAAUGUUAAAUAUGAAGUGACCGUACAAUAGUUAGGAAUUUCUUUACUUACAAAAUCACUGGAAAUAGUUAAAUUGCUUUUCCCCUUUCCCCAAGGUGCAUUUUCUUAUUUCCACAUAGUAAAGUUGAGCUUUUACAGUGCAUAAUGUGACAUUUGGAAUGCUUAUUCAACUGCAUGUAAACAUUAAUAACCUGCACUUUUUUGUCUUAAGGUUUGUUGAGCUGUUUUGUUCACUGUACUUUAACUGUGAUAUGGAAAAGACUGCAUUAUCUGUGCUGUUACUAGUUAGGAAAGAGAAUUGCUUUGAUUUUGUCUCUUGUUUACUAUAGCUUCUUAAAGUUAAUCCUUGUACUACAGGUUGUUGGAGUACUCCUAGAUCAGUGUUUUAUAGUAGCCAGCAAUAAGUAGUGCAGGUCAACAAAAACACAGCAAACUUAGGCUAAGUGUCCUUUCUUUGAGAUGCGAGUUCUCUCAUGAGGUUUUCUUUAGGGUCUAAGUUACCUAAAAUGAAGCCUUUCUUACCUAUAGACUUCAGAUUCUGCUUGGAAUCCUACUGGAUCAAGAAGCACAGUUGUGCAGUUGUCUUUACACUAUAACAGUUAAACACAAUCUUACCAAGAUUUUGAAACCAUUGUCUGAUUUAUAGUCAGUGGGUUUUAAAAGAAAUCCACAUGCAGAUCUUGUAAGACUUAAGAGAUGAUCAUAGAAAAGACUAAGUGACUGUAAAGAUGCUCUUAUUUUGCAUCUCACUUUACCUCCCCAAGCACCCUCCCAAACCUUCCCUUCUCUCUCCUGUUUCAUCCCUCUCCCCUCCCCUUUCGCCCCCUGCUCCCCAGGUGCUCGGUACUUUACCAAGGUCUAUAUCUCAGUGUUUUAUGUUGGAGUUUUUCCUUGUUUUUAUUUUACUAGUUGGUAAACCCUGUUUGUGCUGAAAUAAAAAAGGAAAUGGUUGGUAUAUUUGACCAUAUGUGUUAUUCAUAGAAGACAGUAUGAUCAAAUGUGCCAAAAAUAAGCAAACAAAACUUAAUUCCUGACAAGUAUGCCUUAUUUUUUAUGAUCUGCUUUGUCUUAUAAUUAAGGUCCAAGAGUUUGGUUAAACUAUUAUUUGCCUAAGUAUACAAGAAAACUUGAAAUGCAUUGCAAUAUUGAUGUUCUUUAAAAUGAGAGACACUGUCAAGUAAUUUAAUCUAGAGAUCAGCCACCAGAUUUGAAAUGCCCAUAUAUAUGUGUGUGUGUUUGGUGUUGUUGUUUGUUUGUUUUUUUUUCUUUUAAAUCACCAAAUCUUUUUUAAAGCUACUUUUUAUUUGUGCCUCCUAUUUGUCAUGCUGAUGUUAGAAGCAGCAGUCAUCCAGCCACAGAGGGAGCUAAAGUUAACUAACCAGAACUGUAGAAAUCAUUAUACAUGCCUUUGACAACAAAGGAAGUUUAUAAGAAAAGCCAUGUUGGCUUUUCCUCCACUAGAUACAGAUUGGAGAUAGAUGAAUAUUUGCCAAAUGGAAAAAACAACAAUGCAAGUUAGGAAAGACAGACUUUUCCAGCUUCUCAAAAGCCAUGGAGAGUAGAAACCAAAACCAACAGGGAAAAUAAAAAACCUUGAAAGUCUCACUUUCUAGUUGUCCCAUGCAGGGGUUGAAAUUUGACUCAAAGUGGAAAAUAUAUAUCAGUGUGUUUUUUAGGUCUUCACAUCUGGAGAUGGAUAACUAUUCCAAUUUGAUUUUUCAGGUAAUGGAGAAAGCUGCUAGUAAUUUUAACCCCUGCCUAAAGAAGACAGAUAAUUUUAUUUGGGAGCAAAUACUUAUUGCCUUGAAAAUAGCACUGUAAUAGCCUAUGAUAAUUAGUUGUAGAAUUACCUUAUCCCUUUGAAACUAUGCAAAUUAUUAAACAAGUGUAAAUUAGGACUCAAUUAAAGAUAGUUGAUUAUAUUGCAAUCAGAUGGCAUUCACAAACUUAACUGGAGAAUAUACAAAUAAAAUCUAUUAGUCUAAGUUUUGUAUGCUAACAGAAAAAUAUAAUUUAGCUACCUAUUCUAAAAAUGGUUAAUAUUAUUAAUAUUGUAUAAUAGGACUGGGAAGACUGCCUCCUUUUUUGAAGAGAGAGAGAGAUAUUAAGGAUUUUUAUAAUUGUUUUUCAUCAAAUUUUAAUAUUUUUGUCAAAAUUUUAGGUAUUUAAUUUGUAAAACAGUUUGCUUUGUACUGGCAUACAGAAAAUAGGGUAUUGAUUUUAAACUUUUUGAAGCCAAGUGAUCAAGUACAUUUGUAAUAAAAGUCAAUGGAUCUA